AUGGAUGCAGAAAGUAGGAAGAGGAAGAUGGAGAAUGAAGAAGAAGAUGAUGAUGAAGAGAAGAUGCAGAAGUUUUUCGCCUUGAUAAGAAGCACACGAGACGCUCGCGAACGGUUUAUGAGCGGUGCUGAAAAAUUACAGGAGGAAGAAAAGAAGAAAGGGAAGCCAGCGGAGGCUUGGAACCCGUCGUUCCAACCGGAGGAUUUCAUGGAGGGUGGUGGUGAUCAGUCUAAAGGUCCUCCUCCUCCUCAGGCAAGCCUAGCACUAGCACUAGCAGUAGCAGGUCCUUCUAAAAGAGAAGAUGAAGCUAAAGAACAAGAACAAGAAGAAGAAGAAGAUCAUAAAGGAGGUGACAAUGAUGGGUUAGACCUCAAGCUUUCAUUGUUUCAUGGGUUCACCCCCAUCGUCAACAUAAAAGCAGAGAUACAAAGAGGGGCUAAUCUUUCUCCUUGA